AUGAGACCGUUUGUUAGCGAUGAUUGGGUCGCGAACGGCUUAAUGACCCGCGAGGCCAUUCUGAAGACACUCACUGAACGAAUGGAGAGCUUCUGUUGCUUAAGUGAGGAUGAACACCCCCAGCUUCGCAAGACCUUCGAUUCUCUCUGCCUUGAUGAGAAUGGGACAAGAAAAAUCACUCAGCCCAUAUUUGUCUCGUUUCUUCAAACCGCAGGGUUUCUGCCGCCGUCCAUGGCAGAAGCAGGGGCUUUCAUUUAUCGCAGUCUUCUAUACCUUUCGCAAGCCCCAUUCUACGGCUCUGCAGUCGAGUCGCUAACACAAGAUGACCUCUUCAGGGCAAUAGUGCAGGCCGAUUAUGAACGCUCCAGUCGAGCUUACGAAGAGGGGAAUAUGACUCGAUCCAGGACACCAGGCGAUACCCAGCGUCUCCUCUUCCAAAGUCUAGCCACGACCCGUGAUGGUAAAUACUUCCUCGUCAACACAGAUGAGGCAAGAAAACAGGCAGAACGCAGGGCGUUUGACUUACCGGAGUUUAACCGGGAGUAUUCUCAGACCAACUAUGAUGAGGAUGGCGAUGAGAUGUUCCAUGACCUCCUUGAUACGCUCUAUAAUGUUCACGAACAUCGCAUACCUGACUGGUUUUGUGUCCCGCGGGACCGGUUUCGAACGCUGGCUAAAAUGAUUCGUCGAGAUGAGAAAGAGGAGCUCCGUGAUCUCAGUAUUCCACAGGAUGAUUUCAGAGCCUUUGUGAAACUCCUUUUGAUCGCACAUGUUGGCCGGCCACUUGUGCAGACAGAGUAUUCUGAAGAACUAGAUCAAAUCUCGGACUGCAUCGUCAGAAGCUUUGCUCAAUUUCAUAAUCUGGGUAUUACGUGGGAUAUGUUUGAGCAGGCCAGCCAUGCAACGCCCGCAAUGUUCAUGGGCCUCCAUCGUCUUCUAUCCAGCUUUUACACGCCGUUAGAGAAGCUCUAUUUUCAAGACAUCCCGGCUAAAGCAGGACACAUAGCCACCCGGCCAAUCCUCUCCCAGCUAGGGCUUAUAAUCUCCCAGUCAGAGAACUUCGAAUACGACUACUUCGAAAUGUAUAGGUACUACGAUGUGACGAAAAGCGAGGGAGAGGUGAUUGACGUCGCCAAAUUUGCGGAAGAUAUGACGGCAGCCGAGGACCCCAUCAUUGUCCUCAUCUCCGGUAAAAUCACCCAAACUAACGAAAAGACUAUUUUCGGGUACUACCUGCCAUUUCGUGGUCACGGUGAACACAACGACGUGGAUCCUUGUCUUUUAUUCCAGCUUAGUCCAAUCCAUGAUGUAUUCCGGGGUGAUAACGCUGGUCGGCUAGGAUGGGAGAUUGGUAGUGGUCAAAGCCUUACCUUUGGAAAGGAAGAUGAGGGCGUGGCGUUAGUAUUGGAAGAGGACUGUAGGCGGGCAACGCUAUUUCACAAUAUUUCUAGUAGUGGUUUGUAUGAGCCCACGGCCUGGAGGGGGACUUGGCAAGUGGAUGUGCAGAUUGAAGAAAUUGAGAUGUGGGUAGAGUGA